AUGGCUGCCCUCAGACCCCUCGUGAAACCCAAGAUUGUCAAAAAGAGGACCCAGUCAGACCGAUGUGUCAAGACUAAGCAGAACUGGCGGGAACCCAGAGGCACUGACAAUAGGGGGCGUAGAAGACCCAGGGGCCAGAUCCUGAUGCCCAACGCUGGUUAUGGAGCAACAAGCAAACAGCACAGGCUGCCCAGUGGCUCCCAGAGGCGUCUGGUCCCUAACGUCAAGGAGCUUGAAGCGCUGCUGACGUGCAGUCUCUCUGUGCUGACUGCUCACAGCGUCUCCCCGAAGACCCGCAAAGCCACUGGGGGUGGGGGGAGCAGCCCAGCUGCCAUCAGACCACCAACCCCAACGCCAGGCUGCGCAGCGAGAGAGUGA